AUGGUAAACAAAAUUGUUUUGUUAGGAGAGACUGUUGACGAAACAGCCGCUACAGAGGAAACCAAAGGUGAAGUUUCUAAGGUGGGUAUAUCUCAAUGGCUACAAUUUUUUCAUGGUCUAGUCUUGCCAAAUUGACUGACAUCAUUUCAUUUUCUUCUAACAAAGCAACUGGAUUUUUCAUACAUUUUGUGUCUUUGAACGGGCUUCCUCUACACACAUAAAAAUGCACAAUCUACUACAGGUCCACAAACAAGUGUUACAAACCUGUUCACAAGCUGUCGACAAGUUGUGUUAGUACUGCUUGUUCCCAGUUGUUGUAACAAGUUUGGAGCAAGCUGUUAACAACUUGUAACAAGCAUGAUGGCAUUAUCAAACUUGUUACAAGGUUGUUCUAACAAGUCAUGAUAUAACAAGAAUGUUACAAGGUUGAUGACACAAGGUUGUAACAAUAUUAUAUCAUGACUGCAUCGGACUUGUUGGAACAACAUUGCAACAAGUCUGAUAAUAUCAACAAGAUUAUUACAACUGUUAAACACAUUGUUCCAUAUUUGUUAACAAGUUGGGACAAGCAGUGCGAACACAACUUGUUGAUGGCUUGCUGGCAGACUUGCUACAAGAAGUGAGAUUUUUCAUCAAUUUAUCAUAACAAUAUUUCCAGCCUGAGGACCCAGAAACAAGCGCAGUUCGUAAGAAGGUCAUAGCACAACGUAAAGUCUUGUACGAUGCCAAUGAAAUGGAGGUCUCGAAAAGAUGGACAUUUGAAGAGGGCAUCAAACGACCGUAUUUCCACGUGAAACCAUUAGAAAGACUUCAAUUGAAGAACUGGAGAGAUUAUCUUGAUUUUGAAGUGGGCACAGGAAAUCAUCGUCGUGUCGUGAUACUGUUUGAACGUUGUGUUAUAGCAUGUGCACUGUAUGAAGAGUUUUGGCAGAGGUUUGCGUCGUAUAUGGAAGUACACGAUUGUGUUGAUGGAUGUCGGAGUGUGUAUGAUCGGGCAUGUCGUGUUCACUUGCCGAGCAAGCCUCACAUUCAUUUAGCAUGGGCUGCCUUUGAGGAAAAACAUGGUAAAUGAGAGUUCUAUCAUCUGUAAUGUAAGCCUCCUGUUUUCACACACAGAUAGGCUACUGUAAUAUGUGUCUGGACGAUCUGAAAAGGAUUUUUGGGCAAAGGGAAAAGUAAAUGCAAUUUUCAAGCAGAAGAUACAAUUUGAAACCUAACAAGGAGAGUUGCAAUAUUAGGGCCAUUAUGUUAUAGCCUUAUAGGCCCUCUGCCCAUCAAACCUGCUGCUCUGCGAUACCAUUUCAGCGCUCUAACCACGCCCUAUAUCUGAAAAAGAUACUGACCUUUCAAGUUGGGUUGGUCAAAAACUUAACCAGGCAACGUUUAGCUAGUAGCUAUGUCUCAUCCAUGACUUGCUACUCGUUCCCUGUUGCCAAAAUCAAUGCUUUGUGAACAUUGUAUAUCUUGUUGUUCAUCUGGGACUCAAGAUUUUAGUUUACAUUGCAACAAUUGCUAUCCUUAAGAACGCAACUUGAUCGCAAAUUUUGUGUUCUCUUUUGAGCAAAAUAUAUGAUCAACGCAGAUGUGUAUUAUUGCUCAAUUUGUAAUUCUGUAAAGACUGUUUACACUAUCAAAGUUUCUGUGAUCACAGUAGGAAUUUUGCAUCGGUCAAUUCUAAGUUUUGAAGGAUUUGUAAGAAAUGUUUGAGGAAACUGAUUUAGUGUUUAACAAUGAGUCAGUUUCUUCAAACAUUUCUUACAAAUCCUUCAAAACUUAGAAUUUACCCAUGCAAAUUUCCUACUGUGAUUACAGAAUCUUUGAUAGUGUAAGCCAGGCUUAAAUUUUACUCGUUCAUGUUUUAAGAAAAUGUGGAUAAGGCGAGAGAAAUCUUAGAGAAACUGGACAGUGUUGUACCUGGUUUGGGUUACGUGAAACUUCGACGAGCAAACUUGGAAAGGAGAUGUCAAGAGAUUCCCAAUGCUCGUGCCAUAUAUGAGCAGGCCAUUACAGAAAACACUGAUGCACAAUUAGUCUCUUUCUAUUCCAUCAAGUAUGCAAAGUUCUUAACCAAGGUAGGUGAGAAAGUUAACUGAGUGUUUGGAAAAAAACUGAAUAAUAGUGAUUGAAAUUACCGAUUAUACAUGCCACAAUCUGGCUGAUACCGAUUUUAUAAUAACGUCAUAAUAUCAGUCCACCAAGUGAGGGUGUCACGUCUCCAUAUCAAUUUUUUAACGAUAAUUUCCAACGUAACAUGUUACUGCAACCAAAGAUCAUACUAAAUGACACACUUCCUACAUUAAUUUAAAGUGUGUAUUUUCCCAACAAUCUGUUUUAGACAAUCGGAAAUGUAGAUAAUUCUACCGAUUCCGAUUGUCUACCGAUAAGGCAAAAAUCGUGCCGAUAUCAAUUAUCUGUCAAUCACUGCUGAAUAAUGUACCAGUAUCGAAGCUAGCCUUAGCAACUGGUCAUGCUAUACUAAUAAACGUUCAUCUGACUAGGUUUAAGACAAUACAUCUGUAAAGUUUGAAUAAUACAAUCAUUAAACGUUUGCAUAGCAUGAUCUGUACCCAGUAGGGUUGAUCUUUACUCUUCAUUGUAUUUCAGUUUGCGAAGAAUGUCGAUAAAGCGAGAGAGGUGUUGAAGGCGGCAUUAGAGAAAGACAAGGUAACAACAUGAGCGAAUCAGAGAGCAUCGCGAUCGACAAUGGCCCGAUCAUCCAUUACGCUGGAAGCAAUGCCAGACGCUUUGGGGCCACCCCACACCCCUUGAAAGCCUUUGAAUUAGCUGUAUCACAAAGUUGACAAUAAUUUUUCAACCAUGAAAGGAUUGGUAGCCUGGUUUACACUAUCAAAGUUUCUGUGAUCACAGUAGGAAUUUUGCAUAGAUAAAUUGAAAGUUUUGAAGGAUUUGUAAGAAAUGUUUGAGGCAACGGACUAAGUAUUAAACUCCUACUCAGUUCUCUCAAACAUUUCUUACAAAUCCUUCAAAACUUACAAUUUACCUUUGCGAAAUUCCUACUGUGAUCACAGAAACUUUGAUAGUGUAAAAUCAGGCUUAAGCCUUAAGGUUAGAUUAGGUUGUAAAGAUAGGAAUUAUUUGUUGGUAAGAAAGCCCGGCAUUUGAAUUGAGCCGUAAAACUGUUCUCUAAUGAGGGUUUGUUUUCUACAAUGCAAGUUAGAUUAACGUGGCAACCUUUAGCUAGUAUAUAUGACUUUUUCAUGUCUUUCUACUCGUUCCCGGUUGCCAACAUUAACGCUGCUGAGACUUGAAUAUGUUGUUGUCAUUUUGCUUUUGGCAAUAAUACCAGUCUUGUCACCUACAUUUCAUGACUUGAUAAGUUGAUAUCAUUCUAAUAUACCUGCACCUUUUAAAAUGGUGCUCAACUGCCACACGAGAUGUAGUUUCAUUUUCAGAUUUUCUUGCCACUGUUAUAUCUCUCCGUCAUCAAAGUUUAUGCAGACACCCUCUAUUACAGGAAAACAAGCGCCUCUACCUACAACUUCUUGACCUGGAGCUCACGAUGCCUGAGACGAACGAAGAAAAAGUAGACGAGAUUUUUGAGCUGGUCAAGAACAGUUCACUAUCCGAGGAGAUCAAGGAAAGCUUCUCUCAAAGACGUCUGGAGUUCUUAGAAGAUUUCAGCUCGAAUAUCGUGAAGAUCACCAAGGCUCAAGAGGCGCAUAACAAGCUGUAUAAGUCGAAAACUAAUCAAGCAACUGGAAAGAAGAGACCUUCUGAUGAAGGGUGGGUGUUUCUUUGCUUUUGCUGCGUGUAGUGUUGCGAAUGUCAGUCUGCUUGUGAAAAAAUUGAGUGACUGAUGAUCUUCAUAGUUUCGCGGGUUCGACUCCCACCGUGGUCACGCAAACUUUUCAGCUUGCCCGGUGUGGAUGCACACUCAGAGUAACAUCACAAACAUAAUCUUCACCUGAGUACAUAACACCAACACACACAGAUAUCAAAAGGUUAGCAGUUAGUAUUGGGAUGGUAAGGUGGGUUGGGUUACGGUUAAGGUAAGUUUCGGGUUAAGGAAGGGUAGGAUUAGGGUUAAGAUUAAAGUUACAUUAGCUUGUAAAGGUAGGGAUUAUUUGGUCAGAAAUCACUGUAUUUAAAUUGAGCCGAAAAUUUGUUCUCUAAUGAGGGUUUGUUCUCUCCAUUGCAACCAGAUGAUCUUGAUACGCGGAAAAGUACUGGCACUAGAUGUCAAAUAGAAAUCCAUUUUAUGAUUAAAACAACUGAAUAUCUCCUGUAAUAUACUUUAUUUCGAUUCCAUAUUUUUGUCAGAGCUAGAGUUCUCAUAACCAAACAUAAUUACAAAAUUUCAACUAGUUUCAUAAAGAUUAACAAAAGAUAUAAUUGACUGAAUACAUCAAAAUGGAUUUCUAUUCGGACAACCCUUUCUGAGCGCUGAUUGGCUAAAAUACGAACACGGGAUCACCUGAAAGUUAGAUUAACGUGGCAACCUUUAGCUAGUAGAAAUGACUUUCUCAUGUCUCUCUACUCGUUCCCUGUUGCCAAAAUUAACGCUGCUGAGAAUCUUAAUAUGUUGUUGUCAUGUUGCUUUUGGCAAUAAUGCCUGUCUUGUCAGCUAUAUUUCAUGACUUGAUAAGUUGAUAUCAUUCUAAUAUACCUGCACCUUGGUAGUCCACUGCCAGGCGAGAUGUGGUUUAAUUUUCUUGCUACUGUUAUAAAUAAAUUCUGAAGUUUUUCUACUGUCUUGCAACACUGAAUGGUUUACACUAUCAAAGUUUCUGUGAUGACAGUAGGAAUUUUGCAUAGGUAAAUUUUUUGAAGGAUUUGUAAGGAAUGUUUGAAGGAACUGAUUCGGUGUUAAAUACUAAGUCAGUUCCUUCAAACAUUUCUUACAAAUUCUUCAAUCUUUUCUUACUGUGAUCACAGAAGAAAGUUUGAUAAUGUAAACCAGGCUGGCUUUACUGGACUCUGCCAAUAUGCUGAUCCAGUUUUUGACAAUCUUUGCACAAAACUCGAAAUGAUUCUUCACUCUUCACGCACUAGAUUAUUGGAAUCGACUGCCAACGAGUCCCUUUGUAGCUUCAAAUUAUUCAUUUUGCUGGAGUUUGUUUUGCUGAAUUUAACAAACCGCCGUUGUAUCCCCAACACUAACUCGUGUGUAUUUGCAGGCCUGACGCUGCUGCUAAGGUUGCUAAAACAGAUGAUACAUCAAACCAGUUCAACAAUGUAUAUGAUGGAACUACAGAUUAUUCAGCGAUUGCUGGGUACGCAGCUAACUCAGCUUACAACUAUAACACCACUGCUCAAUGGCCUGGUUACGGCACUGCACAGCAACCGGUAUGUAUUCGAGUAAAACCUGGUUUACACUAUCGAAGUAUAGGCAUCGGUAAAUUGAAAACUCAACACUGAGUCAUGUGUCCUUCAAUUUUAUCUUCACUUGCAGAGGUGGGACGGUUAUUUUAGCUUCACUUUUAUUUUUAUAAUCAGUUACGUGUGGGAGAGUGCUUCCUCUCUGACUCCUCGUUCUCUUUCUCUCGCCUUCGCAUUCCUCCCCUAGCUUCUCCCACCCUCGCCCUCCCCCUAAAUAGCGCCUGCUACGCAGGCUAUAUACCAAACACCAGAGGUUUUCUACGGCAACCUUUAGCUAGUAGAAAUGACUUUUUCAUGUCUCUCUACUCGUUCCCUGUUGCCAAAAUUAACGCUGCUGAGAUGUCGCUAAUGUUGUGAUCAUUUUGGUCACAAUGUCUGUCUUAGAAGCCACAGCACAUGUUUUUGAAGACUGCUUUACACUAUCAAAGUUUCUGUGAUCACAGUAGGAAUUUUGCAUUGGUUAAAGGAUUUGUAAGAAAUGUUUGACGGAACUGAUUUAGUGUUUAACACUAAGUCUGUUCUCUAAACACUAAGUCAAUUCCCUCAAAAAUAUCUUACAAAUCCUUCAAAACUUAGAAUUUACCAAUGCAAAAUUCCUACAUGUACAGUGAUAAACUUUGAUAGUGUGAACAAGGCUUAUGGAUGUUGCAAGUUUGUGGAUUCGAUAUGUUGCGCAAAUGCAUGCAAGCCUGUUUGUGUCCCAGUUCAUACUUGACAAACUUGUAAAUCCUUUACCUUGUUUAGGGUUACAACUAUGGAAACUGGUAUCAACAGUAUGGGCAAACCUAUGCUCAUUAA